AUAAAUAGGUCAGCCAAUAACGGUCAAAGUUCAGGGUGUCUGCAAAACAUUGUUGUUAUUCUGUCAGUGUCAUUGUUUAAAGGCUAGAUUCUUUUUAACCACGUAGUUUCAACGGUUAUGUCCCGCUAUGUUCCUCAAUUCUGUUUUCUUGGGAAGCCUAGCAGUAGAGCAGAUGUCUGAUUCUGAUCUUCUCUGAGGGGAAACUUAACAGCUGAGUCUCCACCUGCCCAGUAGAUGCAUAAAUCAAAGCUCACAUGUUUUUUAGCCUCUAAAUGAUGCUUGUGUGUAUAAUGUGGUAAAUAGCAUUUCUUUCUUGCCAUCGUUUCUGCAGUCAGACUGAAUCUACUAACACUAGUAGGUGGGUGGAGAGUUUACACCGGGGUUAACAUGUCUGUUUGGCAGCUUGCAAACCAAUGCAUAUGAGCUGCAGGCAAUAAGAAGCACAAGGUCUGCAACAGCAAAACCAUUCUCGUGUGUGUGGUUUUUUUUUCCUUUGUGGAUUCAUUCAUCUGACAGGGGCCAUGUCCUUCUUGGGAGCAGCAGCAGCAGCUUGGAGGGUGAUGGCCUGCCGGAAGUCCCUCUCGGCCCCGUGCCGUGCCUCCACCCGCUGCUACAGCUCCCAGUCUACACACACCACAGAGAAGAGUGUCCCUUAUGAGAAUACCCUCAAACGGGACCAUGGCCUCGGUGGGCCCACCAAACCGCUGCCGAAGUCUGCAGAUGCUGUGGUGAUCGGAGGAGGAAGCCUGGGUUGCCAGACCCUCUACCACCUGUGUAAACUAGGCAUGUCCAAUGUGGUUCUGCUGGAGAGGGACAGACUGACUGCAGGCACCACCUGGCACACGGCAGGACUUUUGUGGCAGUUAAGACCUAGCGAUACCGAGGUGGAGCUGCUGGCGCACACGCGCAACGUGAUCAGCUCCGAGCUGGAGGAGGAGACUGGCCUGGAGACGGGCUGGAUCCAAAAUGGAGGCCUGUUCAUUGCUUCCAACAAGCAGCGGCUGGACGAAUACAAGCGGCUCAUGUCGCUGGGCAAAGCGUACGGUAUCGAGUCGUACGUCCUGUCACCUGCCGAGACCAAGGACCUGUAUCCUCUGAUGAAUGUGAAGGAUCUUUAUGGCACGCUCUAUGUGCCCAAAGACGGCACCAUGGACCCGGCGGGCACCUGCAGCACCCUCUCCAGAGCAGCCACCGCCCGCGGGGCCACCGUGAUUGAGAACUGUCCAGUGACGGGCGUCCAGGUUAAGGUUGACGAUUUGGGCGUGAAGAGAGUGAAAGCGGUGGAAACUGCUCAUGGGAGCAUCCGAACGGCGUGCGUGGUGAACUGUGCAGGUGUCUGGGCCGCUAGGUUGGGGGAAAUGGCAGGCGUGAGUGUUCCUCUGAUUGCCAUGCACCACGCUUACGUCGUCACUGAAAGAAUCGAGGGAAUCCAGAAUAUGCCCAACGUCAGGGACCAUGAUGCAUCGGUCUACCUGCGUCUGCAGGGCGACGCUCUCUCUGUGGGAGGCUAUGAGCAGAACCCCAUAUUUUGGAAUGAUGUGUCUGAUAAGUUUGCCUUCAGCUUGUUUGAUCUGGACUGGGAUGUCUUCAUGCAGCACAUUGACGGCGCCGUGAACAGAGUACCUUCUCUGGAACAAACUGGAAUCAAAUCCACCGUCUGCGGCCCGGAAUCCUUCACUGCGGACCACAAGCCCCUGAUGGGCGAAGCUCCGGAAGUGAGAGGCUUUUUCCUCGGAUGUGGCUUCAACAGUGCAGGUAUGAUGCUAGGAGGAGGAUGCGGCAAAGAGCUGGCUCACUGGAUCGUUCACGGCCGUCCCGAGAAAGACAUGUACGGAUACGAUAUCAGACGCUUCCACUGUUCCCUGACCAACAACAACCGCUGGAUCCGAGAGAGAAGUCACGAGUCUUACGCCAAAAACUAUUCAGUGGUUUUCCCGUUCGAUGAACCUUUGGCCAGCCGCAACAUGAGGAAAGACCCCUUCCACCAGGUGCUACAGGAACAGGGCUGUGUGUUUCAGGAGAGACACGGCUGGGAGAGACCUGGGUGGUUCAACCGAGGUGGACCUGCUCCAGUUCUGGAUUAUGAUUAUUAUGGUGCCUAUGAUGUUCCCAAGAACACUGGUUACAAAUACAGUGAGAUACUGAGCAAAGAGUAUACGUUUGACUUCCCUCCACAUCAUGACGUGAUUCGGGACGAGUGUCUGAGCUGCAGGAAAGCUGUAGCUGUGUUUGACAUGUCCUACUUUGGUAAAUUUUACCUGACUGGUCCAGAUGCAAAAAAGGCAGCCGAUUGGCUGUUCACAGCGGAUGUCAACAAAGCUCCAGGGUCCACCGUCUACACCUGCAUGCUGAACAAGAGGGGCGGAGUCGAGUCUGACCUCACCGUCAGUCGUCUGGAGUCCAGCCCCGCCCACCUCCCGCUGACGCCCGAGUCUAAUGGUGAGGCGUAUUACCUGGCCGUCGGAGGUGGUGUGGCGCAGCAUAACUGGAGCCACAUUCAGGCGGUCCUGCAGGACCAGGCUUUCCGCUGCACACUAAUAGACCACACCGAGGACAUGGGCAUGAUCAGCAUACAGGGACCCAAGAGCCGUGAGCUGCUGCAGGAAGUGCUGGACUCCGACCUCAGCAACGAUGCGUUUCCCUUCUCCACACACAAGAUAGUGAGCGCCGCUGGACACAAGGUGAGGGCCAUGCGUCUGUCAUUCGUGGGUGAGAUGGGCUGGGAGCUUCACAUCCCUAAAGAGUCCUGUCUGCCCGUCUAUCAUGCCGUAAUGGCGGCAGGGGCCAAAUAUGGCAUCUGCAAUGCUGGCUAUAGGGCCAUCGAUUCCUUGAGCAUCGAGAAAGGUUACAGGCACUGGCACGCUGACCUGCGUCCUGAUGACACUCCUCUAGAGGCAGGCCUGGCCUUCACCUGCAAGAUGAAGACCUCCAUUCCCUUCCUGGGACGACAGGCGCUGGAGGCCCAGAAGGCCGAGGGUCUGCGCAGGAGGAUCGUCUGCUUCACGGUCGACGAGAAAGUGCCAAUGUUUGGUCUGGAAGCUAUUUUCCGCAACGGCGUUCCUGUGGGCCACCUGCGGCGCUCCGAAUUCGGAUUUGCCAUUGACAAGACUAUUGGCUAUGGUUAUAUUCGCGACCCAGAUGGUGGAGUGGUGAGCCCUGAUUUCGUCCGCAGCGGAGACUUCACUCUGGAGAGGAUGGGCGUCACGUACAAGGCUGCGGCUCACCUCAAAUCUCCCUUCGACCCCGAGAACAAGCGCGUCAAGGGCAUCUACGGCUGAAUGUAACCGAGGUAAACGUUUACGGCACGUCAGCAACACUAAAUACUCUUCUGUCUUAAAGGGAUGAUUCACCGUACCCUAGAAGAAUUUAACAGGGUGAUCUUCCUCUGAAUCAAAUACCGUGCUUUUCAGAAAGAAGCCAGGAAUAAUAUUCAAGUGAGCAAUCGUGAGCCUGGCUCUUACUUUUUACUAGUUGUGCAUUGAAGAUGUUAGUCUUGGUUAAAUGUAAAAUAAAAUGUAUUAAAAAUAAUAUAAUGGUUUAAAUGCUGUAACUUUUUUUUUUCAAUUCUAAAUCUGUGGAAUUGGUUUUGUGUAAAUCCUCUUGUAUGUUGUGUUCUCCAUGAUUUCUGCACGCUGGGUCAUCCUUUCAUCCACAUGUCCUGCGUUAAAUGAACACCUUACUGAUUUUAGAAUUAGAAAAAAAGACCAAUAAAUGAAAUUUCCUCCUGGCUAGUAAUAGCAAUAAAGCUGUCUGCUGUA